AUGGGUGUAAUGCGUCUACCUCGCCCAACGGGCAUCUACGUCCCCAACUCCCCUCGACUCACCAACGACAUGAUCUCCCCGCCGCUCUCUCCGGAAUUCAGCUUCGACUCCGAGAGCAUCAUCCCAUCCAUUCUCCCCGCCAUGGAAUACAUCUCCAAGAAACUACAAUUGAAGAUGAUGCAUGUUACUCUCCUCGUGGGGCGAGGAAAGCCCUACCCGACCGGGCAGCCCUCCGAUCUGAUGAUUAUCCCCAUCGACCCCGUUCAACCUCAAGCCUGGCGGGUCCUGGAGCGGGCCAUCGCCAAGGCCUCCAGCAAGUUCUCCCUGGGCCAAAGCUGGACCGACGCGCUCGGUCGCAGCCAAUACGAACGCCAAGCAAACGAAUACUUGGUGAAGCAAUCCAUCCUGCAGAACGAAGUUGUCUUCAGCCAGGAGGGCCUGACUCUGCUCAACAUGGACCGCAUUUACACAUUCAAGCGCCGCAUGUGCAUCCUCUCCAACCGCCCAUUCUCUCGCCACGAUGAACAAGCCAUGACAUCCUGCGUCAAGCUCCUCCACCGCAUCGUGGCCGACUUCUCCGGUCGCCCCUUCAGCAAAGCCUUCUUCCACCGCGUCUACGAGCAGCUCGACGUCCCAGACACCCAACUGACCGCCGUAGCGGCUGCAUACAAAAACGUACACAAAAAGGACGCCAUCAUUCUCCCCGCCCAGCCCCAAAUCGAAAUCAAAGCCGAGCGCCUCCCCAAGAAGGCCGACCCCACCCCCAUCCGCGUCAAGGCCGAGCGCCCACGCGAACAUGUCAAAAAAUCUCCGAUCCAAACAGUCCGCGGUCGGAGACAGCCUCCACCGUCGAAGCGGACAACCAAGCGGGGCCCGAAGACACCCUUGUCCGCCUCGGACGUGACCCCCAUCACUCGGAACGAGUGGAACUUCGUGAGCCAGGACAUUCGCGUCCAGCCCAAGAUCACCAAGUGGACCCCGUCCCCCACCGUGUUGGCCGCUGCGUGA